AUGGCCUACGAUAAUCCACAUUUCCAGGCCGAGCCCUCGCAGCCGGAUAACAAGGAGGAAGCCGCAAGCACCGACGCCGGUUCCCUAGACUGUGUAAUCUGCUUCACCCACUAUGACCGGAUCUUCAAAGUUCCCAAGGAGCUGAGUUGCGGCCACAUCUUCUGCCUGGAGUGCCUGGCCCGCAUCAACGUCUCCUCUGAGGAUGUGAACGCCAUCACCUGCCCGGUCUGCCGGGCGCUUACCAGCCUGCCUUCCCGCAAGGGGCUGCCAGGCCUUCCCACGCGCAGCGACCUGCUGGAGCAGCUCCCAGCCGUGCCCGCCCCCCUUGGCUCGGUGCGCUUUGACCGUCAGCGGGGUUUGCUGUACCUCCCCGGGGGGCGCAGGGGCGCUCCUAAAGUCAGGGCCAAGCCAGGGGCUCCCCUCAACACCGUCAGCCUCAGUGUCGAUGUCGGGAGGCCGGCCCCGCGAGGGCCAGGCCGGAUGCUGAGUCUCUCCGGCUGGCCUUUCUACGUGGCCCUGGCGAUUGCCCUGCUGGUUACCAUUGGCUUAAUUAUCUGCGGCAUCUACAUCUUUCUGUUACCGACCAUGUAUACUAUUCCGUUUAUGGGGCAGCCGCAAGCUAACCACAGCCAAGGGCAUGCUGGAGGAAACCACAACCACUCCUGGACUAACUCCCCUCCGCCGAUGGGCUAA